UUUUUAAAAACAAACUUUCAUUAUCGUGAGAAUUGUCAUUUUGAUUACUUUCCUGUGGUUAUCUACAAAUUAUUUAUUACUAUUCUGUAUUUUAAUAAUUAUUCAAGUGAUUGUUAUGUUUCAUUAUCUCGCGUUAUAGAUUUUUCUCAAGAAAUAAUAUGUUGACUAGAUUAUUAGGACGGGGUAUACUUAAGCCGCCUUUUAUUGUCGAUCAUUUACUGGUUCGUCAUGCAAGUGCCGUCAUUUGCAAUAAUGGUAUUACUUUGUCAACCCAAGAAAGAAGGAAUUCAUUAACACGUUUAAAUCAAUUAUCAAAAAUUAAUGUACCAGUACGUUAUAGACGAUUUGAAAAUAAACAUGAUGGAAAAAAUGAUGAUGAUUCUAGUGAUGAUGCUUCUCAGAAUGUCAAAGUUAUUCACGACAUUAAUUCAACUCAAGAUAAUACAUCAGUAGCUACUAUUGAAGCCCCAGAUAGUGUGCCAUAUUUGCCAUUAAUAGCUAUACCAAAGCCUCCGUUAUAUCCAAGACUAUUUAGAAUAAUAGAGAUUAGCAAUCCUAAACUUAUCGCAUUAAUAAAAAGAAAAAAAGCAUUAAAUCAGCCAUUCAUUGGUCUAUUCAUGAGGAAAGAUACUACAACUACUGCUAACAUAAUAAGUGAUAUUAAUGAAGUGUAUGAUAUUGGGUCAUUAGGAAGAAUCAAUGAAAUGCGAGAAUUUGGAGAUAAAUUACAUAUGCUUGUUCAAAGUUUCAGAAGGAUUAAGCUGACUAAACCAUAUUUUGAAGAUCAAGAUAUAGAUAAAGUAACAAGUGAUGUCAAUCGUCGUCCAAAACGUCAAACACGUUCUAAAACUGUUACAAAUGCUCAAGAAUCAUCAGAUCCUGCUAAAGUACAACCUGAAGUUUUGAUGGUAGAAGUAGAAAAUAUUAAAGACCAACCUUAUGAGUCAACAAUGGAAGUUAAAGCACUUUCUCAAGAAAUUAUUAAAACUAUUCAAUCUAUAAUUAGUAUAAAUCCCAUAUACAGAGAAAUAUUGCACCCUAUGUUGCAACAUGGCAAUGUAGCAGAUGAUCCCUCAUAUCUAUCAGAUGUUGCUGCUGCUAUAACUGAAUGUGAAACUAAAGAAUAUCAAGAAAUUUUAGAAGAAACUGAUGUUCCUAAAAGACUUCUACUGUCUUUGAGCUGUUUAAAAAAACUUUUGGAACUCAGUGAAAUUCAAAUCAAAAUUAGUAAAGAAGUAGAUGAGAAAGUAAAACAACAACAUCGAAAAUUUAUUCUCCAAGAGCAAUUGAAAGUAAUAAAAAAAGAACUUGGUUUAGAAAAAGAUGAUAAAGACUCUAUUGUUGAAAAAUUUAGAGAACGAAUCAAAGACAAAAAUGUACCUGUUAAAGUUAUGGAGGUAAUUGAUGAAGAAUUAACCAAGCUAUCAUUUUUAGAACAUCAUUCAUCUGAGUUCAAUGUAACAAGAAAUUAUCUUGAUUGGCUUACUCAAUUACCUUGGGGUGCUUCAAGUGAUGAAAAUUUUGAUUUAGAAAGAGCAUCAAAAAUAUUGGAUCAAGAUCAUUAUGGAAUGGAUGAUGUAAAAAAACGCAUAUUAGAGUUUAUUGCUGUUAGUAAAUUAAAAGGAACAACACAUGGUAAAAUUCUUUGUUUCCAUGGACCUCCUGGUGUUGGUAAAACUAGUAUAGCUAAAUCUAUUGCAAGAGCUCUAAAUCGAGAAUACUUUAGAUUCAGUGUUGGAGGUAUGACUGAUGUAGCAGAAAUUAAAGGUCAUCGUAGAACUUAUGUUGGUGCUAUGCCAGGGAAAAUGAUUCAGUGCUUGAAAAAAACGUCUACAGAAAACCCUUUAGUACUAAUUGAUGAAGUUGAUAAAAUUGGAAGAGGACAUCAAGGUGAUCCAUCAUCAGCAUUAUUAGAAAUGCUUGACCCUGAACAAAAUGCCAACUUUUUGGAUCAUUAUUUAGAUGUAGCUGUAGACCUUUCUAAAGUAUUGUUUAUUUGUACUGCAAAUGUGAUAAAUACAAUUCCUGAACCUCUUCGUGAUAGAAUGGAACUAAUAGAUGUAUCAGGAUAUGUAGCUGAAGAAAAAAUGGCAAUAGCCAAACAAUACUUAAUACCCCAAGGUCUAAAAGCUACGGGGUUAACUGAAAAUCAAGUAGAAAUUGUUGAUGAAAGUUUGACAACUUUAAUUAAAUCUUACUGUCGUGAAAGUGGUGUUCGAAAUCUUCAAAAACAUAUUGAAAAAAUAUUACGAAAAGUAGCAUUAAAAAUAGUUAAAGGUGAAGAUGAAAAAGUUACCUUAACAAAAGAUAAGUUAUAUGACUUUGUGGGUAAUCCUGUUUUUACUAAAAAUAGAAUGUAUGAAAUUCCUGAGCCUGGUGUUGUAAUGGGAUUAGCUUGGACUGCCAUGGGAGGUACUAUGAUGUAUGUGGAGACAGAAUGGACAAAAGAUCCAAAAAGUGUAACUGAAAAAGAUAAAGCAAUUGGCUCUAUCAUGUUAACUGGUCGCUUAGGCGAAACUAUGCAAGAAUCUGCUAAAACUGCUUAUACUGUAGCAAGAAAAAUUUUAAAUGAAAUUGAUCCAGAAAAUGUAACCCUGUUAACGGGUAAUGUGCAUUUACAUGUUCCUGAGGGUGCUACACCUAAAGAUGGACCAAGUGCUGGAUGUACUAUUGUUACUGCACUACUAUCACUAGCCUUAAACAAACCUAUUCAUAAAAAUAUUGCCAUGACUGGUGAAAUAUCAUUGAAAGGAAAAAUUAUGCCAGUUGGUGGAAUAAAAGAAAAAACUAUUGCUGCAAAAAGAGAAAAUAUUGGUUGUUUGAUACUUCCUGAAGAGAACAAAAAAGAUUAUGAUGAAUUACCAAAAUAUAUAACAGAAGGGCUGGAUGUUCAUUUUGUUUCCUAUUAUAAGGAAAUAUAUAAUAUAGUGUUUAAAGACUGCUAAAAUGAUAUACCUUAUUGGCAUUUAUUUGUAAUAUUAGUAGUUUAUCUAUUUUAUUAAUAUUUGUGUAUAGAACUUAACACCUAUUCUGAUAUAUUAUUUUUUAUGUGAAUAUUCCAUUUUUGUUAUAUGCUGUUUUAAUAGAAGAGUAUAGUUAUUUAA